GGCGUGCGCUGGGAUGCGCGCGUCGCCCCGCUAACCACCCCCGGCCGGCCUGGGAGAGCGGGGCGCGCGGGUGGCAGGAGCAGGCCGGGGCCGAGGGGAAAGUAGAGUCGCGCACAGGCCCCCGGCUGCUGCCUCGGCCCCGCCUCUCCCUGAGGCCCCGGGUAACGGCGCCAGGCAGAGUGGCCCCGCCUCAAGCCCUGGGGACCCCCUUUAGCUCGUAUUGUAAGCACGCAGUUUUGGACAGACGGACAGACAUGGAUGACGAGCCUGAAAGAACCAAACGCUGGGAAGGGGGUUAUGAAAGAACAUGGGAGGUUCUGAAAGAAGAUGAAUCUGGGUCACUGAAAGCAACUAUAGAGGACAUUCUUUUUAAGGCUAAGAGAAAAAGAAUCUUUGAACACCAUGGGCAAGUUAGACUUGGAAUGAUGCGUCACCUUUAUGUGGUGGUAGAUGGAUCAAGAACUAUGGAGGACCAAGAUUUAAAACCUAACAGGCUUACGUGUACCUUAAAGUUAUUGGAAUAUUUUGUUGAAGAAUACUUUGACCAAAAUCCUAUUAGUCAGAUUGGUGUAAUUGUAACUAAGAGUAAAAGAGCUGAAAAGCUGACAGAACUUUCAGGAAACCCAAGAAAGCAUACAACUGCUCUGAAGAAAGCUGUAGAUCUGACCUGCCAUGGAGAACCAUCUCUGUAUAACUCUUUAAAUUUGGCCAUGCAGACUUUAAAGCACAUGCCAGGACAUACAAGCAGAGAGGUUUUGAUUAUCUUCAGUAGCCUGACAACGUGUGAUCCAUCUAAUAUCUAUGAUCUAAUUAAGUGUUUAAAAGCAGUUAAGAUCAGAGUAUCUGUCAUCGGUCUAUCUGCUGAAGUUCGAGUUUGUACUGUACUUGCCCGAGAAACAGGUGGAACGUACCAUGUAAUUUUAGAUGAAAGCCACUAUAAGGAGCUGCUGAUGCAUCAUAUUAGCCCUCCACCUGCCAGUUCAAGUUCUGAAUGCUCCCUUAUUCGAAUGGGUUUUCCUCAGCAUACCAUUGCUUCGCUCUCUGAUCAGGAUGCUAAACCAUCAUUUAGCAUGGCGCACUUGGAAAACAACAGUGAUCCAGGUCUCACGUUGGGUGGAUAUUUCUGUCCCCAGUGUAGGGCCAAAUACUGUGAACUCCCUGUGGAAUGCAAAAUCUGUGGGCUUACAUUAGUCUCUGCCCCCCAUCUGGCUCGGUCUUACCAUCACCUGUUUCCUUUGGAUGCCUUUCAAGAAGUUACACUGGAAGAAUAUAAAGGAGAACGCUAUUGUCAAGGCUGCCAAGGGGAGAUUAAAGAUCAACAUGUUUACAUUUGUAAAGUCUGCCAGAAUGUUUUUUGUGUGGAAUGUGACUUAUUUGUUCAUGAUUCUCUGCACUGCUGUCCUGGCUGCAUUCACAAGCAUCCUACUCCUCUGUGUAUAUGAUACCAGGUGUUCCCAGAGAUGGUCCUACCUGUUUCAUUCCUGCACAGAGUCAAAUUAGACUAUUCAACCAUAGACUUCAGUAAGACAACUCAGAAACAAGAAGAAAUACCUAAAUGAAUGCAGUAACAGUGAAGACAAACACACAAUUUUUAGUUAGUGUAUAGAAUUGGAAUAUUUAAAUUCUCAUGGUUAAUGUUUAUAAAAAUAUCCACAUCAUCUGAUUAAUUUCCCUCACUUGUUUUGAAAACCUUUGACUUAUUCAAGAGUUGUGCUAAAUAAAUCUGUAAGUGUGUGGAAAAGUGA